CUCUGGUACGAUGAGGUCUUUCAGCAGUAUCAGCACAGGCAUUGGCCUAGCAGUGCUUUCAUUGAUCACAUCAGUCCGCGGUGUCUCAAACUCUACUUGUCCACCAGCGAUCAACUACACCGCCAAUUUCGAAUACGUUGAUACUGUGCUGACUAUUGUGGCCGAUCCGGAUACCCAUGGGCUGGAGUCGAGGCUGGAACCNCAAUGCUAUUGCGGUGGACAACCUGAUGGCGGAGCAGUGACAGGCAACGCCAAUUGUUCGACCUACACUUGUUCUGGAGACGAGUCUCAGAAAUGUGGUGGCCAAUACUUCUUACAGCUCUAUAAAGUCACAAACCCACUACCUGUCGAGAAGGUUGACGGUGAUGUCAAGCGUCAACCUCUCUGCCACACAAGUCCUUUGUGUGAGCACACAGUCUGUGAUACAUCGCUACCCAUUGCAGACAGAAUUGCAUCGCUCUUGUCGGAGAUGACACUGAACGAAAAGAUCGCCAACACUGUGAAUGCUGCAGACGGUGUGGGCCGUCUCGGUCUGCCAGGCUACGACUGGUGGAACGAGGCUCUGCAUGGUCUUGCCCAGGCUCCCGGUGUCAAGUUCAACAGCCCAAAUGGCUCGGCUUUCAGCUAUGCCACAUCAUUUCCCAUGGCCAUCACGACCGGCUCUGCAUUCGAUGAUCCCCUCAUUGGACAGAUUGCUGAUGUCAUUGGGAGAGAGACUCGAGCNUUUGCAAACUUCGAGCAAUGUGGUUACGACUUUUGGACACCCAACAUCAACACUUUUCUUGAUCCUCGCUGGGGUCGAGGUCAAGAGGUGCCUAGUGAAGAUGCAUUCCAUACUCAGCAGUACACCAAGCAGCUGAUUCCUGGUCUCCAAGGCGGUUUAGACCACCCAGAAGAGAAACAGAUCAUUGCUACAUGCAAACAUUUCAAUCUCUACUACGCCGAAACUAACAGAUAUGGCGAGAACUACAAUGCUACCGUUCAGGACUUGGCUGAAUACUUCAACCCACCUUUCAAAUCUUGCGUCCGGGAUGUUGCUGUUGGAUCUGUCAUGUGUGCAUACUACUUCUUGCAAGACACUUUGCGUGAAGACUGGAGCUUCGAUGAACCUUACAAAUACGUCGUUGCCGAUUGCGGUGCGGUUGAAUAUAUUCAAGAUGUUCACAACUUUACCGACACACCUGCUGUAGCUGCAGCUGUUGCUCUGAAUGCUGGUACCGAUCUAGACUGUGGUUUUACCUUUGGAACAUACUUGAACGAGUCGGUGAUCAACAACUACACCACGGAAGCACGAUUGGACCAGGCACUGACUCGUCUUUACACUGGACUUCACACUGUUGGAUACUUUGAUGGUCAAAACCGUUAUGCGUCUCUGUCUUGGGGCGAUGUUGACACCGAAGAUGCUCGAGCUCUCGCUUACCGAUCGGCUUGGGAAGGCAUGGUUCUCCUGAAGAAUGAUGGCCUGUUGCCUCUUUCUCCGAAGUACCAGAAAGUGGCACUCGUAGGACCAUAUGCAAAUGCCUCCAGUCAGAUGCAGGGUAUCUACGCCGGACAAGCACCAUACAUUGUCACUCCUUUGCAAGCGGCAGAAGCAAACUGGGACAACGUCCAAUAUGCAUUUGGUACUGGUGUCAACGGCAGCAACACAACUUUCUUCUCGGAAGCGUUGGAAGCCGCAAGAUCAGCCGACCUUAUCAUUUACAUGGGCGGUAUCGACAGCACGAUUGAACAAGAGACACUGGACCGCAAGUCCCUCACAUGGCCUGGCAACCAACUUGAUCUCGUGCAACAGUUGAGUGGCCUCGGUAAGCCUCUGGCCAUUGUCCAGUUUGGAGGUGGUCAGGUCGAUGAUACUGCGCUACUUGCCAAUGACAACGUCAAUGCCAUCCUAUGGACUGGCUACCCUAGUCAAGAAGGUGGCAACGCUGUCGUCGAUAUUUUGCUUGGCAGACAAGCACCAGCUGGACGCUUGACCACGACUCAAUACGCCGCCAACUAUGUUAAUGAAGUUAGCAUCUUCAAUCCAGACCUGCGUCCUAACGGAAGCUAUCCUGGCCGUACCUAUAAAUGGUUCACAGGCAAGCCAGUUCUGCCUUUUGGCUUCGGACUCUCAUACACGACAUUCGAUCUGUCUUGGUGUGGCAAGCCUCUAAAGCAAUCCUACAACAUCAAGAGCCUGUUCAACAAGCGUCAACACCAUGGUUCAAAACCCACGCCUCUCGACACCUUGCCUUUCGUCACUCUUUCCAUAACUGUCACGAACACUGGCAAUCACACUUCCGACUUCUCGGCCCUUCUCUUCCUUUCCACUUCCAACGCUGGACCGGCACCGUACCCAAACAAAUGGCUUGUCUCCUAUGCUCGCGCUCAUGGCGUUGCGCCUGGAAAAGCCCAACCAGUUGAUCUAGACAUUUCCAUUGGUUCGCUGGCCCGCGCUGAUGAUAAUGGAGACUUGACUGUGUAUCCUGGCAAGUACAAGUUGGCGGUUGAUAACGAUGAGCUUUUGACUGCCGAGUUUGAGCUUGUUGGUGAGCCCGUGAUCGUUGAUCGAUUGACUAGACAGGGAGUUUACGAGUACACUGUUCCAGUGCACUAUAACGCUAGUGCUAAUCUGGUG